AUGUGUGAGUUUCCUACCAGAUUCCUAGCCUUUUCUCCUCAUGAUGACCUGCUAGCAUCGUGCUCCUACCUUGACGAAGUCAAAGUGUGGAAUGGAAGAUAUGGUUCGCUAGUUCACAGUCUCGAGAACUUUUACCCUUUGUCGGUAGAAUUCUCAUGCAGUGGUGUAUUUGUCGCCUCUUGCGGCUGGGAUGGCACAACUAAACUCUGGAACAGCGCUUCAGGAAAGUUAGAGCAUCGCCUUAAUCGUGUUCAUACUUUUGCGUUCUCUCCCAAUGGCGAGCUAAUCUCUGAUUGGGGCGAUGGCAUUGUAUGCCUGCACUCCAUAGAACCAGCUCGAGGCUCUCAUACUGGCCCUGAAUUCUCUGGCGACGGCCGCCUUGUUGCAGCAUUUGUGGAAGAGACAAUCAUGGUUUGGGACACAGGCAGUGGGAAAUUGAUUCGAACGUUGGAGUUGGAUGUUGACGAUUCAGAUAUUGAGUGUUACGCCAGUAUAAAGGCUGCUUUCUGGCCCGAUGGCAAGAUCAUUACAUGGGCCCUAGACACCCUGCAGUUCCAGGUAUGGGAUCCAAUUUCGGGGAAGCAGAUCGAGACUUUCGACGGCUCGAUUGAGCUGAGAACAUAUGAAGUCUCCCACGGUGGUCACCUGUUAGCUGUCACUGACCAUACGAAAGUCGGAAUUCGUGAACUUUCAACAGGGAAGCACAUCUACCUGAAAAAAUCAUAUGAUUAG